AUUCUAAUACUAUAGAAUAUUUGUCACCUGUAGAUUGUUCUGGGCUUUUAGAAAAAGCCUGUGCUGCUAUUUUUUUGUUUAUUGAUGAAUUGUGGAAUACAUCUAAUAAAAUAGGGUUAAAAGCCUCUAUUCUAGAUCCACAG